GCAGGACUGUAAUCCAUUUCUAUGACAACGGAGAACGCUUUGGCUGGGGACAUAAAGACGGCAAUGGAGGGUGACGCCAGGAGAGCCAAUCAGGUUCCGGACGACCAAACAGAAAUGGACGAUAGCUCUGAGAAGACCCCCAGCAAAGCCUCCAAAUCCCCCCAGAAAAGUUCCAAACGGCUGAAGACUGUCCCUGUCAAAGUCACUCUACUCGACGGCUCAGACUAUGAGACUGCAGUUGAGAAAUUUGCUAAAGGUCAGACCCUGCUGGACAUGGUGUGUGGCCAUCUGAACCUGCUGGAGAGGGACUACUUCGGCCUAAGUUUUCUGGACACGGAUAACGCCAAAAACUGGUUGGAUCCCUCCAAAGAGAUUAAGAAGCAAAUUCGUGUUGGUUCCUGGAUUUUGGGGUUUUCAGUCAAGUUCUAUCCUCCAGACCCAUCUGUGCUCAUUGAAGACAUCACUAGGUACUAUUUGUGCCUGCAGCUGAGGGAUGACAUCCUGUCAGGUCGUCUCCCCUGCUCAUUUGUCACUCAUGCCCUUCUGGGCUCCUACACUGUCCAAGCUGAACUGGGAGACUAUGAGCCUGAGGAACACGGGCCAGACUAUGUCAGUGAAUUUCACUUUGCCCCGAACCAGACACGUGAGCUAGAGGAGCGAGUGAUGGAGCUGCACCAUAACUACAGGGGAAUGAGUCCAGCAGAGGCAGAGAUGAACUUCCUUGAAAAUGCCAAGAAGCUCUCAAUGUAUGGGGUUGACCUACAUCAUGCUAAGGAUUCAGAGGGAAUUGACAUAAUGCUUGGUGUGAGUGCCAACGGGUUGCUCAUCUACCGCGACCGCCUCAGGAUCAAUCGGUUCGCCUGGCCUAAAAUCCUCAAGAUCUCCUAUAAAAGAAGCAACUUCUACAUCAAGAUCCGCCCAGGAGAGUAUGAGCAGUUUGAGAGCACCAUAGGCUUCAAGCUGCCCAACCAUCGGGCCUCGAAGCGAUUGUGGAAAGUCUGCAUUGAGCACCAUACCUUCUUCAGGUUGGUUUCCCCUGAGCCACCUCCCAAGGGCUUCCUGGUUAUUGGCUCCAAGUUUCGCUACAGUGGACGGACCCAAGCCCAGACCAGACAAGCCAGUGCCCUAAUAGACAGGCCGGCCCCGCAAUUCGAUAGGUCCGUCAGUAAGCGGUACUUGUUGCCUCGAAGCAUAGAUGGAGCCUCAGCUUUAGGUGACAGUAUGGACCAGUUGUCCCAACGAAGCUCCAGUGAACGCACCCAGUUCAUGUCCAGAGAAGACCUGGACCAAGAGGGCAGCAUAGACCUGGACCAGGAUAACUACCACUAUCAUGAUCAAGACCAGGAUCAAUAUCCAGAUCAAGACGUGGAGCAUGAAGGACAAGAUCAGAAGCAGACAUUUGGCCCCAGCAUUUCAACACCCACAAAGACCUUGGAGCUCAAGGGUGAGGAGGCAGGCUCGCCUGUAGACUCUAAGCCAGAGGAACUGGUCCCCCUUCGACCCAAACAGGAGCAGUUCUUGGAUAAGCCAGAGGAUGUGUUACAAAAGCACCAGGCCAGCAUCAAUGAGCUGAAGAGGGCUUUGAAGCAGCCUAACAGCAAGAUGGCCCAGAGGGAGAAGCGCCUCUCCUCAGCUACUCCUCCUGGAGGAACCCCUGAACGGAAAUCAGUCACAGCAGAGUUUGGGUCAAAGUUUCCAACAGCUCCCCCGCGCACUCUGCCUCUGAGACCACAAUGGUCCCGAGACAGGCCAAACAACAUGGACAGUAGCCACAUCCACUACAGGAGCCAAGAAACAGCCAAGAGGAAGCAAGCGGAGACACCUCCCACACCUGCAAUCCACGAGGAACCUCUCAGCGAAGCUUCAAGGGAUCUAUGGGAAAGACGUCUGGGCUCUGUAUCUGAAGAUGAUCAGGACCAGGAUGCUCUGUACCUGAAGGAAACGCACCUGGGCAUUGAGCGGAAAUGUUCCAGCAUCACAGUCAGCUCCACGUCCAGCCUGGAGGCUGAGGUCGAUUUCACUGUGCUCACAGACCUGCAAACAGGCAUGGAGGAGUUUUCCAGAGGCAUGUCAGAGCUGGGAGAACGGGAUCUCUCCCCCGACCGGGGACUGUGCCUGGGCAUCGACCUGCUGCAGGGCCCGCCUGAACCGCCUCCUCCCUCGGUGUCCACUCCUCUGUCCAGAGGAGCCAGCAGCAGUCCUCCAGCCAAACCUGUGCAGCCAGAAGAGGUCCGGCCAGAGGUCAAGCGUCCUGAGGGGCAGCCUGUUGUUCCCAAAAAGCCAAAGAGGUCAGUGCCAGUGUCAUCGUCAAUAGAUAGAGAUCAGUCCCACAAAGAGCCCAGUCGGGUUUCUGCUGCACCUCUGAGCAGAGAGGCCAGCGAUGUAAUGCCCACUCCGGCAGUGAGGAAAACUGACAUCCGGACAGAUACUCAGCCGAAUGGGUCAGAGGUCACCACCACCAUUGUGGAGUUCACCGAUCAGGACCACGGUAUCACUGGCCUGAGUGACGUUUCUUACUCUGCGAGACAGAAUGUAUCCCCAGUUCACAAAGGCAGUCUUGGAAGAGACUCAGCGGGGUCGCCUAUCCUUGUCACUGAAAAUGUUACCUCAGCAACCACUCACGUCACAAAGACGGUGAAAGGCGGAUACUCGGAGACGAGGAUAGAGAAGAGGAUCAUAAUAACGGGAGAUGAUGACGUAGAUCAGGAGCAGGCUCUUGCUAUUGCAAUACAGGAAGCCAAGCAACAGCAUCCAGACAUGCAGGUGACCAAGGCGGUUGUUGUCAGGGAAACAGAAUCAUCCACUGAGGAUCGAUAUGGGGCAUCAUAGGUGCAGCUAGCAUCUCCGCUCUUUGUUAUCUCUCCUUUAUAUUGCCUCUUCUAACAGGCCAUGAGCUUCACUGAUAUUGGCUGCUUGUCCUCUCUGUCUUCUGUGCAGUCUCUGUUUGCUGAGGCGAGAGUGCCCCCCUUUGGAGCAAAAGUGUCAGUACUCCACCUAAAAUUGCUACCCACCCUCCCAACUGAUAAUGUGAUAGUGCCAGUGGUGCACUUAUUGUGCAACUUUUCACUAAAAAAGGGACUCCUUUCACAUUCAAAUGUUUUGUUCAGAUUCUUCCCUUUUGAAAACAUAAAAGCUGCUCAGUGGAACGGUUUCACAGUGAAACUGGAGAUAUAGCCAACAACAUUCAUGUCCUUCAGCUGGUUGAUGAAAAGCCACCGGACAUCCUAACAUCUACAACAAUUGAUAAAAAAAAAAGUCUAACUGAACCCCCCUGCAGUCCUCUCAGGGCCUUGAUUUUAAAACCACUUGCUUAAAUAUUCCUCAGUGGUUCAAGGGAAUUAAUCUAGAAUGGAUUUGUUUCGGUACUCUGUUUGCUCAUUUGCUACAGAGAAAUCCAGGGUUACAUGUCAUCAUGUCACCUAUUCCAUGCAGAAAGCAUCAUCUGGAAAAUUAAGAUUAUGAGUUUCUUGUUUUGAUGUGUGAAUUGGGGAAAAAAUUGCUGGAAAAACUUGCUGUGUGUGUUUCCAUGGUUGACUAAAAUAAUCACUGUAAUGUAGCUCUAUCACUAUUAAACCCAAAUGGGUUUAGAGAGAGCAGAAGAAAUCCUGUGUUUAAUUUUCCCUCCUGCAUAAUCAGUCAGAUGAAUAAAUGAGCUUUGUUCAACUUCAUCACACUAACUGAUAGGGGUUCACUGAUUAGAGAGGAACACACAUUGUUUAUUCAGCCAGUGUGAUCAUUAUAUGUCCCUCAUCUGUCUAUUAAUAUUUUUCUUCUGUUCCGUGUGUGACUUUGAUGUGUGGGUGGCACGUAUGCAAGGUUAUGCAUUUACUAUAAGUGAUGUUAUGAGAUGUUGAUACACAGUGUGCCUGUUGUAUUCAUUCAGAAGUAGUGGCCAUGUAGUUUCUGAGCAUGCUUAUGUUUCAGAAUGAGCCUGGUUUCUCUCCUCCCCAAGUCUUUAGAUAUGCUUUCAGAAAUCCGCUGGAUGUAAAGCCACUGGCAAUUUUGUGCAGUUCAUGCAUAGAGUAGGCUUACACCCCAGUUGUAUCAGUAAAUGUAGUACUUGAAAUAACACUUGCAUGACAAUUUCUUAAACGGAGUUAAACGGAUAAUGAAGAAGGACGACGAUGACAGAAAAACAACUGACAAAACAAACAGAUGUAAAAGAUAAAGAAAUCAAAAGCUGACAUGUGACUGGAAAAGACACUUAUUAAACAAUGUUAUUUGGAAACCUUGCAAAUUUUAUAUACAAUAUGUGAUCAACAUUCUUAAUAUCAAGACUUUGGUAGAUUUAUUUACAUUUGUUUUCACCCUUUAUCACUUAUGUCACUUUGGGCCACUGGUGCUGUACAAUAUAUCUGAACAUAUCAGUUUGCUUUUAACUCAAUUCAAUAUUCUGUUCUAUUUACUGAUUUUCUGUUUUUUUACUGUUGAUUUUUAAGCUACCAUGCUGAAAUGGUGUUAUGUAUGAGAACUGUUCCUGCACUCUUUCAUGUAAAGUACUUUGUUAUAAAUGGAAAUAGAGUAGGAAAUGCAGAUUUGAACUUGUAGCUGUGUGGGAUUUAGUAUAUGGAUGUUAGAGGGAUUCCACAUACAACAAACCAGGUAAGAUCAAUUAGAAUUCAAAUUGUUAAUUGUACAAAUGCUGGUUUUGUAUGUAAUAACUUUAUAUGAACUAACUCCUUUUGAUUACAAGAGUGACAGGGAGUCAAAUACAUAAACUUGACAUGAAAAGGAUUCUUCCACAUUAAAAAAUGAAGUACUACUAUUAAUGCAAAUGUCAUAUUCUAUGUGUAAAUUAGUACGUGCAGAACAGAUCAAAUUAAUUUGAUUGAAAAAAACAAUUAUAAUGCAAAUCAUGUCAAGUUUAUGUGGAUGUUUGGCUUUCAGACACCGAAUAAACCUUCCAGUAAAUGUUCACCUGUGUAAUGUAACUCCUGUUGUAUUUCAGAUUUUGGUUCCAAAUCCUUUAAAGUGAAUGUUAUUCAUGGAUGUGUCAAACCGGACGACUGAAGGAAAAAAAAAAAUACAACCAUGCAAACCUUUGUACUGUUUAUUUGGUGCCAUUUGGUGGAUUGUAGACAUGUGAAGUAGUUAAUGGUUCUGGGCUUGAUGCACACUAGAGGGCACUGGUUGCCCAGAAGAAGCGAGCUUUGUGUCAGCAUGAAGCACACCCAGCUGAAGUCCUUCUCACCAUUCUUCAUUAAGCGGAAAAAUGAUCCAGACGCUCCUUGGAUCAACCUAUAAGGACAAACUUCCAAUCAUAGAUCAAGGAACUAAUCAUGGAAAUCUUUCAAAUGAUAACCAGAUCGAUCAAUUUUCUUCUCUUGGCUGAGACACUGUGUCAAAGUCUGAUUGGAUGACCGGUGGUUGACCCUUAAACCUCCCCACCUCCACUUCAUCUCUGCUGCUCUCCAUUGCUUGGUGCGGUGUCUUUGCUGUACAUUGUACUUGCAUUCCUUCAAAAAAAUUAAUAAAGACAAGAAAAAAUUAAUAAGAAGGGGAUCUCUGUGCAUGGGCCAUGUAACAUGCUUCUUCCUGAUGAAUUGUACGUGUGUGUAUGUAUGUGUGUGUGUGUGUAGUUGUUCUGGAAGAGUGCCUCUUUUAAUCAUAGAGAGAAGAAGAUGUUAGUGUUCGUGUGGAUAACAAUUUGCACUGAAAAUGUUACACUGCGGGGGAAAUUAGUUUUCUUAAAUGGAACCUAUUUUAGUUGUGAUUAUACCACAGCUACUUAGUUUUUAAAACUCCUGUUUUUAUGCAGCAGACAAAUGUGCACCAUUUUACCAAAAAGAAAGGGAUAAUAAAA